UUUCUCCACUUCAAAUUCAAUGGCGUGAUGGGCAAAACAAUAAAGAAGCAGAAUUCCACGAAGACCGGGACCAGGACUGGUCAAAAUUGAGAGGUCCAGCAGCAGUGGUCAGAAGACAACCAAAAGGUACUUUCUUCUCCGAGCGAACUUGAUUUGCGGUUUCCUUUCUUCCUUUUCGCUUCAGAAAUUGAAUCAGGGGAAGAUCCGGUGAAGGUCUCUCUGGAUCCACCAUUGAUGCGCACCUUAUUGACCUUCGUCACAUACUUCGCUCAGUACACGGUCAGUUAGUGCUUUUACUUUUCCUUUCCUUUUUCUUCUCAUCGCGGAUUCCGUGGAUAGUUCAUACCGGACGAUUUGUUGUCGUCCUGAGAAGCUUGAUUGAAAUUAUUGUUCCGAAUUUGUGAGAAUCGGUUGGUAAAAUUAGGGUUUAUGCGAUUUGGGGAUAUUUGAACGGAGAAUCCCUAAAUUGAUAAAAUUAGGGUUUCGAGUAUGGAAGCGGAGGAGGAUUUAAUUGCAGCCGUAAGGCAAUUGAUCAAAGCCUUAGAAUCGAAGAGGAACUUGACAGACGAUACCAGGAAUAUCUUAGCAGAUCUAGGCUCCCAAUUGUCCGCCAUAGCUCGAUGUCCCGACACCUCCAACGAAGAACACGAUCAACGCGACCAUAGCCCCGACGAGCUCGAGCUGCACCUCGACAAGCUCUACGAUAAGAUCAUGAGUUGGGAGAAGGAUCAACAAUCAACGAUGAUAUGGGACUGUGGCUCUCAGGAAGCUUACGACUAUCUCAAAUCCGUCGAUGAAGUUCGUAAGUUAGCCGAAAAAUUCGAAUCCAAUGGCGACGUCAAAUUGCUCUGCCGUGCUCACGACGUCCUGCAGACCGCCAUGGCCAGGCUCGAGGAGGAGUUCAGGCUGCUGUUAGUGCAGAAUCGGCUCCCAUUCGAGCCAGAGCAUAUGUCAUUCAGGUCUAGCGAGGAGGAUAUCAUCGACGUAGGAUCCGUGAUAUCCUCCGGCGAUGAUUCCGUCGAGGACGUCGUGCAGAGGGAGAGCAUGGGCCGCGGCUCGGAGGAGUAUAUUCUCGAGCUUAUCCAUCCCGAUGUGAUCCCGGAUCUCAAGAGCAUCGCCAAUUUAAUGUUCGAUUCAAAUUACGGCCGCGAAUGCUCGCAAGUAUUCGUCAACGUCCAGCGCGACGCCCUCGACGAUUGCCUGUUCAUCCUCGAGGUCGAAAAGCUAAGCAUCGAGGACGUCGUGAGGAUGGAAUGGAAUCUUCUGAAUUCGAAAAUUCGUCGAUGGAUGCGUGCAAUGCGGGCAUUCGUCCGCCGCUACCUCCGGAGCGAAAAGCUCCUGACGGAUCAGAUUUUCGGCGACCUCGACGGUGUCGCCUCCGAAUGCUUCGCCGAGUCGUCGAAAACAGCGGUCCUCCAGCUGCUGAAUUUCUGCGAAGCUAUUGCCAUCGGUCCGCACCAGCCGGAGAAGCUGAUGCGGAUUCUCGAUAUGUACGAGCUUUUAUCGGAGCUCGUCCCCGAGCUCGUCGGACUAUACUCCGACGAUGCGGGGGUAUCCGUCCGGACCGAAUGCCAGGAUGUCCUAAAACGACUGAGCGACUGCACGAAGGCGACGUUUCUCGAAUUCGAGAAAGCCGUCGCCGCCAACGUCUCCGCCAACGCAUUCCCCGGCGGCGGCGUCCACCCCCUCACCCGCUACGUCAUGAACUACAUCAAAGCUCUUAUCGACUACAGCAAAUCGCUCGAAGAGGUCCUCAACGACGAAUCGCCGUCUCUCCCGCCGUUGUCAUUGUCGCCGGACAGAAGCCCCGCAAGCGACGAGGAGACGACGUCGACGUCAUCGUCAAUCUCCCGCCACUUCCGGGCCCUCACAACGAUCCUCGAAAACAACCUCGACGAGAAAUCGAAGCUCUACAAGGACGACUCACUGCAGCAGCUCUUCCUAAUGAACAACACGCACUACAUGGCCGAGAAGGUGAAGGGAUCGGAGCUGCGGACGGUGCUGGGCGACGAGUGGAUCCGAAAACGCAACUGGAGGUUCCAGCAGCACGCGAUGAACUACGAGCGGGCGACGUGGAGCUCGAUCCUGGCACUGCUGAGGGACGAGGGGAUCCAGAAUCCGGGAUCGAAUUCGAUUUCGAGGACGAUUCUGAAGGAGAGGCUGCAGGGGUUCUACCUGGCGUUCGAGGAGGUUUACAAGAGCCAGACGGGGUGGUCGAUCCCCGACGGGCAGCUGCGCGACGACCUCCGAAUAUCGACGUCGCUGAAGGUGAUACAGGCUUAUAGAACGUUCGUGGGAAGGCACAUUAAUCAUAUAAGUGAGAAGCAUAUAAAGUACAGUGCUGAUGAUUUGGAGGAUUAUCUUUUGGAUCUGUUCGAAGGAUCCCAGAAAUCUAUACAUGGAGGCCAUAAGAAGUGAAUCCAUGGCUCCUCAUGUUAUUGCUAUGGUUAUUAUUGUUGUUGAUUGGUUGAUUUUGUUUACCGUUUUUGUUAUUUUUGGGGGUGAAUUGUGAUGUCUACAAUUUUUUUUGAGGGUAGGGUACUUAGUCAUGGACUAUGAAUUCAGCAGACUAAGUCACGCCAAGCCAAGCCAAGCCAAUUAUGUGUUAACAAAUAAUAAAAUUUUUGUGCAUUUUUAUAGGAA